CACAACUGAUCACAACAUCGAAUCCCCCAACAGCGGUUCCACGAACAUGCCAUCAUCACUUUCAACACCCACCGAAUAACCACCCGCCGCGCAGCAAAUAGCACUUUUUAUGCUCAGAAACCAGCCAUGACACCACCGGCGACGCUGUUUCACGCCCUCUUGCGACCCAGCGUCCUGCAGAUCCUGCGCGCGACGGGCUACCACUGCACGCGCCCGGCCGUGCUCGAUUCCCUCACCGACCUAGCCGCCAACUACCUGCUUGCUGUGUGCCGCGCUGCCGCCCAGCACACGACCGACGAUGUCGCGCCCGGCCUGGCCGAGAUCCGCAUGGCUCUCGAGGACGUUGGCGCCCUCGCACCCGAGGACGACGACGUCCAGACGGUCCAGGACUUUGUCGACUGGUUUGCGGGUGCGAGGAACGCCGAGAUCAGGAGGAUCGUUGCUGAUGGCGAUGCUGAGGCACCGGCUGAUUGGCUUACUGCACUCAAACAAAAGCACAGCAAAACGGGCGACGAUUCAAAGUUCCAGGGGACGUUGCUAGGAAAAUCCAACGAGCACGGUGAGGUCCUCGUAGAGGGCGGAAACUUCGACACGAUACAGAGCUGGGCAGAGCACAGGAAGAAGAGCAACGUCAUGACACCACCGCCGUCCCCACCGCAGCACGAGUCCGGAUCCAGGCCCUCCAGUUCUGGUCUCAGCUCCUUGGGUGAUGGGGAUAUGGACUUUGAGAUGGGCGGCAGCAGCGCAACACCCGCGGGUGACGCAGCUGCUGGUGCCAUGGCCGUUGAUCCAUGAAGUUGGGUCAUACAAGCGGCUUAUAUGAGAAAAAAAGAUUAUUAGUUCUGUGGGCUGUUACUUCAAGCCUACUACUUCUUGAGAAGGCAUUCGACAUAUUUCAAGCAUACAUAGCGACGGCGUCUAGGGGUUCACAUUUGAUUAUGGGUUUUGGUUCAGGCGCAGGUUAAUUCUAACAAAUCGCAUCAUUGCACAGUCAUAAAACAUGAUUCCUGUAACCUAUUCAUCGGGAGCCUUUUUCUGAUUUUCAAGCUGCAGCUUUUUUUUUUUUUUUUUUUUUUUUUUCACAUUAAGCUCUGUCAGAUCAAAUGGUCCAAAUUUCUCCCCGC